UAUUCAUAUUAUGACAUGUUCCACAUUUAUGGCAGGGAAACUGUGGAUUAGUGCCAUUGUUUGGUAGUAAUUAAUUAAUUAUAUAUGGCUGGAAGGUGUUAUAUCACAAGCAGGAUUGUAGAAAAGAAAAUUUAUAGUUGAAAAUGUAUAAUAUCACCUUCAAGCGAGUUUCCCCACUAAGUUCUAUUUAAUUUGGUGUUAAUUUGGCAACCAUGAUUUAUGUAAAUGUCGGUAUCGUGUAUCGUGUUCCGUAAAAGAACUACAGUGGCAUGUAGAAAACCUACCGAUAGUGGAAAUAAUGGUUUCCCGUAAAGUUCUGGGAUCGAAGGAUGAGAGAAAGGCUGACAUUUCCGAAUCGCUUUAUCGUGAACCUGGACUAAAAUUUUCUGACGAUGGCACCGUUACGUAUUUCUGGCGUGCCCAUACACUUACAGUUCUGUUUGUACUUGUGAGUGUUCUGAUUUAUGUGGCUGUGUUUGAACCUGUCUGGGAUGAUACUUCAUAUAACACUAAGAGAGGUCUCGUGGCUAGCGUGUUGGCUUUCAUCCUCUUAGGAGUGACAGUCACACCUGAUGGAGUAUUCAAGCGACCACACCCUGCCGUGUGGAGGUUUACGUUUUGUUGCAGUAUUGUUUAUGAACUGGGCCUCAUAUUUACUCUUUUCCAGACUAAAACGGAUGCAAUUCAUUUACUAAAUCAUAUUGAUUCUAAACUUGGAGUUCCAUUGGAAGAGAAGAGUUAUGGUGGAAACUGUCGUAUUUAUGAUGAAGAUGUACCUGAGGAUCCGUUCCACAAUAUAUGGGAUAAACUCGACUUGUUUGUGGCAACACAUUUCUUCGGCUGGUGGCUCAAAACUCUCGUGCUGAGGGACUGGUGGCUCUGCACCGUGUUUUCGAUAAUGUUUGAGAUACUGGAGUACACACUGGAGCAUCAGCUGCCUAACUUCAGCGAGUGCUGGUGGGAUCAUUGGAUAAUGGAUGCAGCGAUAUGCAAUGGUCUCGGCAUUUAUUUUGGACUUAAAACACUUCAGUAUUUCUCUGUGAAGACAUAUCACUGGCGAGGACUUUGGAGCAUACCAACUUACAAGGGAAAGUUGAAGAGGUUGGUGGCUCAGUUUGGCCCAUUUUCAUGGGUUGACUACGAUUGGAGGUCUACUUCUAGCCUGGGUCGAUGGAUUGCAACACUAGGAAUUAUCUUAGUGUUCCUGUUGGCUGAGUUAAAUACAUUCUACCUGAAGUUUGUGAUGUUGGUGCCUCCAGAGCAUUAUCUUAACCUGGCACGCCUCAUCCUCCUCUUGUUGUGGGGUGCUGUCUCAAUGAGAGAAGUGUAUCAGUACCUUGAUGAUCCAGAUUGUACCAAAAUUGGUCGGCAGUCAUGGAUGACAUUAGCAAUAAUUUCAACAGAGUUCCUUAUCGUUGCCAAAUUUGAUUGGGAGACGAUAACAAAACCCAUUCCAAGUCACAUUGUCCUGCUGUGGCUAGUUGGAUUGUCAUCUUUAAUAGGGUGGACAGUCUGGCGAUUUUUUAUUUUCUCAAGAUCUCAAACAGUGUCUGGUCUGCCGGAUGUUGAUCAGCGUCGACAGAGAUGGGCCCUGGUUCGGUCCUGUGAAUUGGGGAACUUUGUUGUGAAAUCUGAUUAACAGAUUCUGGUUUCUGUUUGUUGAUGUGCCUUGCUUCGCUUCAGAGCGGAAUUGGCGGCUGGGUCGAGUUCUGCCUUUUGUGAGUGACCAAUCAGCGCAAAGAAGGUCUGUUGGUAAGCAGGGAGACCUCAGUCUGUUCAGAAACCCCGUGGUAGAAGCAUCGGCAGCUGCACUGCGUUGUUGCCAAUUAUUAUAUGUUCUUUGCACAGUGUUGUAACCAUUCACUGGAAUCUAAUGUUCCGCGAUGCUACAUCUGACACCACUCCAUGUUGUUUCCUCACUAUCUCGCCCCACCGCCUCCCAUCACUACUUCCUACCAUGGCACAGUACAUGUGAUUGGUGCACGCUUCAGCCGCCAAUUCGGCUGAAAACUGUCAUAGGCAAACUAAGCAUAUGCCAAGGGUGGCAGAAUUGGAGGGGGAGAGCAUGCACAUGAAUAAAAAAUAAUGAGAAAUAAUGCAAAAGAGAAUAUAAUAAGCAGCUAGAAAUAGAAAGACAAAAGGCAAGAACAAGUGUGUGUAUGCAUGUUUGGUUUUGUAAUAUGCCUCCAUCAGUACCUGAUAUCUUAUAUAAAUGAUUUAUUUGUAUUUACUGAAGUUGACAGGGCAGGGGACACAAGGCUGAAGGUUUGCUUAGGGCACCAGAUACCCUUGCACUUACCCUAUCUCCAAGCUUGUAUUGGGGUAGUAUCUUGAAGUAUACCACAUCCUCAUAAAUUCUUAUCUCACAGGUUUGUAAUCUCCAGGUAAUUUUGAUGAUAGGGAGAUGAAGCAUGUCAAAGUGGAUCUCCAGUAGUAUGAUUUGACACAAUGUUCGUACUGAAUUUCAUGAAAAUUGUUGUUUAAUGUUAUGGUUUAUAACUUAUUUUGGGAUGUGUGUGUGCAUGUGUAUGGAAAAAAUAACAUUGCACCCAAGCAAAAUAGUCAGGUUUUGUGUAUGAAGUUCCUUUAGUAACUUGUUUUAAUCAUAUAAAAUUUGAGCAGUAUUAAAUCCCACAAUAACUAAUCCUGUGGAACCUUAGAAUACGUAUUUUUCUCAAGACAUUAUAUUUAUAUGCUUCAGUACUUUUAUGGAUAAAAUGUUGGUUUGUAAAUAUUUAUUCAUGAAUAUGUUCUAUGCACUUUUAUAAAGUCACAGGCCCAAAAUCUUAAAGAAAAAAUACUUUGUUUAAAGUUCGUCAUAUUACCAGCACCGAGCCGUUGUCGUGAAUUAGUACAAGUAGUUUAAAAGUGUUUAGCAACAAAAUGGUUUAAACUCUUCGGUACAGCCAUGACUAAAAUUCCCUGAGCUUUUCUUAGACUUGAACUAUGAUUAUGCUUCAUAAAUAACUUAAACCAGUUUUACGCAUCAGUUCAUUUUUCUACAUUAAGUUUGCUUUAAACUCUUUUUUUUUUUUCAGUGGUUCAUUUUAUUACUGUGAUCUUUCCUGAUUAUGAAUCAUGAAAUAACAAUAUAUUGACAUAAAAAAAUUGUUUAGUGGUUGGACAUCCAUUUCUCUUAUUAACUUCAGAAAUGUAAUAUGAAGAUAAUUUGACUUAAAAGGUGGCAAUGGCGCCCUUGUCCAUAGGCUGAAGAAGCAGGAAAAUCUUGAAGUCUAGAUAGUCAUCUGAAAUUGGUCGAGCGUGAAGCACGGAACAUGGAAAAAACAGUCCAUGUGUAGAGAUAUGGUGUUUAAAUAUAGGAUGAUACUAAGAAUGACAACUGCAGGUACAGGUACAAAUAUGCAUAAACCAGAGAUGUGAUCUCUGAAAGUUUUGGUGCUGCAAUUUCCAUCGUUAUCUUUGUUAACUUUGUAGUUUGUCAAAUGUUUGUGUUCUGUUUAUUUUUAUUACAUCCUUCCAACACUGUAUUUGAUACUUCUGAUUACCUGUUUGUGGAUUAAUUUGAUUGCAGAUUGUCUGUACACUUACUAGAACUUGUUUAUAAAACUGUAUGCCCCAGGUAUUUGUUAACGAA